AUGGCUAUUGUACAAAUGUUUGAGAAUGGUGGGACAAAAACAACUACGGCUAGUGCUAGUAGCUUAUACCAGUUUCUAAAGAGCUUUGAGCUACUUUCGGUUAGACAACAAGUUGGUAUCAAGAAGAGUAACAUACAUAUUGAUCAAAAGCUCGUGAAGGGUCUUACAGAGAAGGUUCCUCGUUAUGCUGCUGCAACGCUAUCGCAGUCGUACAAGAAACGGGCACCCGCAAUGGACCAUUCUCAGAAUAAAAGCCAAUACCUGAACAACUUGAAGUGCAGCACCACUCAUUUAUUCAGAGCAAACUCAACGGUGAGAACAAAAGGGAGCAAGUUGCCUGGUUUCUACUCUGUGUUCAAACCACCUUCUGGGUCUGAAAACGGCUCGUAUCUGAAUAUGGAUGCAGAAGACUCCAUUAAGAGCGAUUGCAUGGUCUCUAUGAGAAAGAUAUUUCAAAAAGAGCCACGCAGUGCCACUUGUGAGUUCACUUCAGAGUAUGUUACAGCAGAGUUUUCCCAAAGAUAUAAGAGUACGGAGCCGUUGUUAGUUCAGGAGUAUAAUAAGGCGCUUUUGGAAGAUAUGGUUAGUCUGGGUGUUUCAAAACCACAUAUUAAAAAGAUAUUGAAGACGUUAGCCAGGAACGAACAGACAAUACAAGAAUUAGAGAAUGAAUGUUUAGUUUACAAACAAUCCAAAGAGAACUUAGAGUCUGCUCUUGUCUCCAUUCAAUCUCUCUGUAGUUUACAAUAUGCAAGUAUGGUAUAA